AUAAUAAUGUGUUGGAGCAUUUGGAUGUCUAGAAACAAUAAAAUUUCCAGAGACAUGCCAACUUCAGUUUAGGAUUGCAAGGCCAUUUUCGGUUCAGAAUUUGCAUCCCUCUUAUGGUGUGCAAAGGAAAAAAAAGUAUUUCCCUCGGAUUCAAGAAUGGUUUACAAACCUCUUCUAGCAUACAUUAUCCUAAAGUGUUCCUCAGAUUCUGUGUGACCCCUCUUCCAUCCCAGUCACACACUCACACCGUACCCUGCUGCAAGCAAAUUGAUCAGUCACUUGUGCUACAUUGGCUGUCGCUAGCUCAUGGAGCCACUGAUGCUGCUGCUGCCACUGAUCACCGUCCUCCUCCUCUCAGACCUUGUCCACGGCGGCACAGGCGGCGCCGGCGCAACGCCUCCACGGUUCGACUCCAUCUUCAGCUUCGGCAACUCGUACGCGGACACUGGCAACUUCGUCCUCCAGUGCGCCGGCCUCCCCUCCGUCCCCUUCAACCAGUCUCCCUACGGCGAGACCUUCUUCCGUCGCCCCACCGGCCGCCCCUCCGAUGGCCGCCUCAUCAUCGACUUCAUUGCGGAGGCGCUACAAGUCCCUCUCCUCCCACCGUUCCUGUCGUCGAGGUCGCAGCAGCCCCAGUCCCAGGACUUGAGCCGCGGCGCGAACUUCGCCAUCGUCGGCGGCACGGCGCUGGACGUGGGGUUCUUCCUCCGGCGCAACGCCGCCAGCGUGCCGCCGUUCCGGAGCUCCCUGCGCGUGCAGAUUGGGUGGUUCCGCAGGCUGAAGCGGUCGCUGAUCUGCAACACCACUACCGCGGCCGCGGCCGCGGGGUGCAAGGACCGCCUUGCGAAUUCGCUGUUCGUCGUGGGCGAGCUGGGCAGCAACGACUACGGCUACAUCCUCGCCGGCGGCAAGAGCAUCCAGGAGGCCAAGUCCUUCGUCCCGGAGGUCGUCAAAGCCAUCUGCAGAGGCAUCGAGAGGCUGGUGGAAGAGGGAGCGAGGUACAUGGUGGUGUCGGGGACGCUGCCGGCGGGGUGCUUGCCGAUGGAGCUGACCAAGUACGGGUACGGCGCGGCGGGGAAGAAGGGGAACGCGACGGAGUACGAUCGCCGGACGGGGUGCCUGCGGCGGCUCAACGGCCUAGCGGAGUACCACAACUGGAUGCUGCGGGAGGCCGUCGGGCGCAUGCGCCGAAAGUACCCGACCACCAAGCUCGUCUACGCCGACUUCUACAAGCCGGUGGCGCGGCUCCUCCGGCGGCCCGCCAGGUUCGGGUUCACCGAGGAGCCUAUCCGGGCGUGCUGCGGCGGAGGCGGGCCAUACAACUACAACCCCGGGGCAGCCUGUGGCUCACCUGGCUCCACCGUUUGCCGUGAGCCAUCUGCGCAUGUACACUGGGACGGCAUUCACUUGACCGAGGCCGCCUACAAGUACAUCGCUGACGGUUGGCUGAAUGGCCUUUACGCCUAUCCCUCCAUCCUGGACUUGCUGCAAUAGAUUAAUGCAAAUCUUGUUUCACUUGUUAACAGUUUCAGAGUAGUAGUUGUGCACGAUUUUAUUUUGGUUACCAAAACAUAGGUAACACAUGACCUUGAGAUGCGUAAGUGAGAGAGUUGGCUGUUGACUAAAGUUUACAAAGUGAUGAUUAGACCCGCGAUUUGCAAAAAGCAUUA